AUGAAGCUUCUCACUGGACUCAUUUUCUGCUCCUUGGUCCUGGGAGUCAGCAGUCAAAGCUGGUUUUCAUUCCUUAGCGAGGCUUACCAUGGGGCUGGGGAUAUGUGGCGAGCCUACUCUGACAUGAAGGAAGCCAACUGGAAAAACUCAGACAAAUAUUUCCAUGCUAGAGGGAACUAUGAUGCAGCCCAAAGGGGACCAGGAGGAGCCUGGGCUGCUGAAAUCAUCAGUGAUGCAAGAGAAGGCAUUCAGAGUGUCAUAGGUCGUGGACACGAGGACUCUAUGGCUGACCAGGAAGCAAACAGAUGGGGCCGCAGUGGCAAUGACCCCAAUCACUACAGACCUAAAGGACUGCCUGACAAAUACUGAGCAUCCUCUUUAUUGCCCCAGGAGGCUGUGAUGUGGGCCCUGAGGACAGGGACUGGGGUUCUUCUUUCUCAUGAACACUGGAGUUGCUUGGGAACACACAAUCGUUAUCUCACAUGAAUAUGGACCAAGAGUUUCAAAACUGUGUUAUUCUUGGAGUAGUAACUACUUGCUUGAAAAGAGGGUAAUAAACACUAACAUGGAAGUGGAGCUGAGCCUGAGUAUCUGUCAUUGAAGGACAUUUCUGGGUUCACACAGGGCAGACACCACUCUCACAGAAUCUGGCAUGAUCCCUUCUCUGGGCUCCUGUGCUAUGGGUAUGUUGUUAUUUGCAGGCCUUUCGAUGUCCAGGCCCUUACUCCCUGUCAACCACGUCCAGUCACCUGUUCUCAUACCACAGCCUUGUGCUCCCUGUCUCUGGGGACCAGGUACACAACCAUAGGAGGACUUGCCCUGCAGCUAUCACCUGAUCUUGCUCACUCCUCAGCAGCACCGAGACAAAUCCAGUAUUGCACAACUUCUCCAUCCUAAGAAAUA